GAACUGUUCUGGGCACAUUGAACGUUGACGUCUAUACAUGUGACACGUCGCCAAACUCCUUGCCAGUCUUCUUUCGUCGCGUCGACAGUUUCCAUAUUGGCAUUGGACGGCUCAUUGGAUGCAACGUCUCCAUCUUCCUUCUUCAGCAUUGCGAAGAAGGAAGAUUGCGCGUCUCCAGUCCACCUCAGUCUGCAGAUACUGAUCUGAGAUACAAUGAUACGGAAGGUUUCGUGUCUUGCUUCAUUACGUGGAAGGAAGAUAUCUUGGAGCGGAAACCGUAGUUCGGGGGGAUGCAAUGCAGCAAGUACACUGUAUUCGAGAGUCCAGACCCUUUAAAGAUCUGCUGCGUUGCAUUGAAGUUGCUAGCACUAGCUUUCCAAAGGGAGUGCUAACAUUCACUGGCCAACUUGGAGGCACAGGCCACUGCAGCAGAUAAGGAAUGCUGACUGUUCGGCCGUCGUCAAAGGUGUCACGGAAGUAUCGUGCGUGUCUGCAUAAAGAUCUUCUGAUCAUCAAACCCAGGUGCAGAAUACCCAUCAGGCAGAUGCGAGCGCCCAAACACAGAGUGUUAGAAGACCAGAAGCUCGCUGCGGAAAAAUUAAAGUACACGUGUCUCAGAGAUGUUAUCCACGCAUCAUCUUUGAAAGUUCACUCUGGAAAGGGUUUGCAACUGCGGUGCAAGAGACAAAUGGGAUCGAGGAAUGGGGAUCUGAGUGGCGAUGCUGAGGUGGAUAACGGCAGUAGGGCAAGCUGGCCGUCUGCAUCUCAGUUAGAUGAGCUCCGUGAGGCAGUAGCAGAAGCAGCAGGAUGGCUGAGGCAGCGGAUCGACAUCCGCGUGGUGGCAGCACCAUACAGAAUCUGUCCCCUUGGGGCGCAUAUUGAUCAUCAGGGGGGUGCAGUCACUGCCAUGGCUCUAGAUACUGGGAUACUGCUUGGGUUUGUCCCUUCAAAUAGUCCAGAGGUCAGAUUGACUUCCAGACAAUUUGGAGGUGUUGUACAUUUCAGUGUUGACGACGUGCCUCCACAAAACGACCCUUCCUCAUCUGAAGAGGGCCGGUGGGGUGACUACGCCCGGGGGGCAGUAUAUGCUCUACAACAAAAAGGCCACGUGCUCAAAGAAGGAAUCAUUGGCAUCAUAGACGGCUCGCAGGGGUUCGACUGCAGUGGGGUCAGUUCGUCUGCGGCAACAGGUGUUGCGUUCCUAUUGGCCCUCGAAUACGCAAACGGGUUAUAUAGUAUAACGGAGGAGGACAACAUCGAGCUGGACCGCGUGAUCGAGAAUGAAUACCUGGGUUUGCGGAACGGAGUGCUGGACCAGUCGGCGAUUCUACUUUCAAGAAAAGACCGGCUCACGCUCAUCGACUGUAAAACCCGGCAACAUCGAGUGGUGGACCCCCCCUCCCUGCGGCAACCCUGCUCUGACAGCAGCCUAAAACCGGGGUACAGGAUACUGCUCGCUUUUUCCGGCCUGCGGCAAGCGCUGACCAACACCCCGGGCUACAACAAGCGGGUCGACGAGUGCCAAGAAGCCGCGGCCACGCUGCUCAGGGCGGCCGGGCGCGCUGACGAAAAGGCGUCGCUGAGCAACGUCAGCAGUGAGGAGUAUGACAUGCACCGGGAGGAGCUGAACGGCGCGAUCGCGCGGCGGGCCAAGCACUUCUUCACGGAGACUGCGCGCGUACGGCGGGGCGUGGAGGCUUGGGAGAAGGGCGAUCUGAAGCUGUUUGGGCAGCUGAUGACGGACUCGGGGCGGAGCUCCAUCGAGAACUACGAGUGUGGUUCGACGCCACUCAUUCAAAUGUACCAAAUUCUGAUCAGCACGCCGGGCGUGCUAGGAGCAAGGUUCAGCGGCGCAGGGUUUAGAGGCUGCUGCAUUGCCUUGGUAGAGUCGCAAAGAGCGGAGGCAGUCACUAAGCAAGUGCGCAACGGAUACUCGAUGGUGAGACCCGACUUGGGCAAAAGUGCGGCGUUUGUGUUGUGCGAGUCUGGGGACGGUGCUGUUGUGCUUUAGGAAAACAAGGUGGUCAUGUCAAAGGUGUCCGGUCAGCGUUGCUUGAGGGUAGAGCAAGGUAGCCAUUGCUACUUUAGUUACUCAGAACACGGUUCCUACACAUUGUUUAUAUACGGAAGACGGUCACAUUGACUGCAACAAGUGGACUUACGAAUGGUCUUGAUCGAACUCUACGAUCCGCCACUAAUCCCUAAAGAAAUCAGCAGCUACUGGUGUCAACUAUAUUGGCCAUACGGCGUUCAAGUGUUAUGUCGUCGAUCAACGUAAUCCAGUCUGAAAGUAAU